AUGUCGCUAAUGCCCGAUAAAGAUAGUAUUUAUGUUGAUGUGGAGGAGUGCAAUUCUGCAGACCGUGCCACUAAAUUUGAAAAGACCUUGGAGGCACGCGAGGGCCGCAAACACCAAUUGUUCAACAAGAAAACCGGUGCACGUUUGGUUGCUGGCUGUGUUGUUUUGAAUCCCGACCACUCAAAGGUGCUGAUGAUCUCCUCUGCCAAACACAAGGACCGCUGGAUUUUGCCUAAGGGUGGAAUUGAGUCCGAUGAGAUCGACAGCUUCCGCAAAACAGCUUCUCGCGAGACGUGGGAAGAGGCGGGGGCUGUGGGGAAGAUACUUGGCAAGCUACCGGUUGCUGAAGAUCUACGGUAUCGCAAGGACUCUAAGAAUAUACCAACCACGAUCGAAAACGAAAAGAUACCUCGAAGCGAGUUUCAUUUCUAUGAGAUGGAGAUUCAAGAGCUGUGUGACAAAUGGCCUGAAAUGGAGAACCGGAGUAGAAAGUGGUGCACAUAUCAGGAAGCGAAGCAUGAGCUUCUCAAGGCAAAGCGGUAUGAGCUAGCAGAGGUGCUAGGCGAGUCCCGGAUUCGUAAAGACUGCACGAACGUGAAGUUUGAUGAACACUCGAACGUGUUGCUCGACAAAGAGCCUGCAAAGGACACUUAUUAG